CUGCAGAGGCUGGUAAUGAAGAAUAUUGUUUAUGGAAUGGGGGAAAUAUACAGAGGUGUGUUUACCAGUGCUCAGGUAAAGAACCUGCAGAAGUUCAUACCUGAACUGAACCCCAGUGAUGUCCUCAGGGGGCCGUCAGGUGUGCGUGCACAGGCUUUGGAUGCUGAAGGAAACCUGGUGGAUGAUUUUGUGUUUGAUGGAGGGAAGGGAGAGCUGGGCAGCCGGAUUCUGCAUGUACGCAAUGCACCGUCACCCGCUGCAAGCUCCUCCCUGGCCAUCGCUGAGUUGAUCGCAGAUGAGAUGGAGAAAAGAUUUCAACUGUAGACAUACCUCAGAUGACGUUACCAUAACCUUGAUU